AGCCACCACUAUUUUUGCACCUUUUUCUUGUCUUCAGUCCUCCAGUCUUUUUCCGUCCUCUGCACAUUCCUUGGCAAAUUCCAAGCUUUUCUCUUCUUAUUUCUUAUCUCAGAAUUAUCAAGUAGGCUACAUUGCACCAAGAGCAUUUCUAGCCCGCUCACCCUCCAUUCCUUUUUCAUCACUACACCCAAAAUGUCAGAUACCGUUAACCUCGUCAUCGGCGUGUUGGUCUCGUUAUGUGCUUCUAUUAUGGACGCCUUGGGCCUUAACUUGCUAAAAUUAGAUCACGUACGAGAGUCAAAAAAGGAUACCCGCCAGCAACGAACUGAUUGUGGUCGACCACUCUGGCACGUUGGCUUGUAUACCUAUAUUGCCAGUCAAUUGAUUGGCAGUACCAUUGCAUUGAACUACUUGAAGACUCAGUGGGUGGCUCCUCUCGGAAGCUUUGCUCUUAUUGUCAACUUUGUGUUGGCUAGAGUCAUGGUUGGCACAACAAUCACUCGAAAGGACGUGAUGGGUACAUUUGUCAUCAUUCUCUCAGUCCUCGCUAUCGUUAUCUUUGGAGGCAUGUUCAAUGGACCUGAUCCCGAAGAUAACAUCACCCUGGAUAGUCUCAAAGUUUUAUUUGUAAGACCUGUCUUCAUCAUCUACUUUAGUGUCCUCAAUGUCAUCACAUUUGCGGGUCUGUUCUUUGCGUUAUACACCAGAUGGGUAAUGGCAAAAGAGGAGCGAAAACUGAAGAGUAGUAUCUACCGUCGAGUGAAGCCAAAAACGUUGAAGAAAAUCGCUGGCUUGUUGUUCAGUUUGGACGGCGGCAUGCUAGCCAGUGAAACUCUAUUGUUGGCAAAAAGCGGCGUCAAGCUCUUUACACUAUCCAUCAGCUCCCAAGUUAACCAGUUCACAGACAAUACAAGUCGCUUCAUUCUGCUGGCUUUGGUCGUAACGGCCGUUCUCCAGGUCUACUGCCUUAACACAGGUCUCAAACUGUCAUCCAGUGUUAUCGUUGUGCCCAUUUUUUAUGCAACCUACACUGCGUUGGGGCUCGUUAAUACCAUGGUCUACCUUAACGAGUUGGGUAGCUACCCUGCGUGGGUUCUCGCCCUAGUCUUCCUAGGCAUCGCUGUUUUAAUCUACGGUGUGUAUCUCCUCAGUUCAAAAGAAGAUCCACAAUCAAGCGAAACAGAUAACAGCACAGUCUUCACAGACGACCAGGAACUAUCAGAUCUUUCAGAAACGGUUUCAACACCACCGAAGCGACAAAGUACAAUUGAUAGCAAAACAAACCGUCUCUCCGUGACAGAUGACCCAGAACGAUGCUAUUCAGAAAGCUCUGCGACAGACAUACCAAUUGGCAUACACAUAGAGCCAAUCUCACGACAAACCACUUCGGCAGAAAUCACGUUAAAUCAACCUAUUCUCAUGUCAGGUAGAUCAUGGCGCCGCAGAGACUUUUUCGGCUGGAAAAAUACGAUGCUUCUAAAAGUAUGGCCACGAAAAAGCAAGUCAUCAACGGAAAUACAUAGUCUAACGAGAGCUGACACAAAUCAGACCUUGGAAACAUCAUCAACCUUAACGAAACCUGCACAAGCUCAAUAUGGAGACCUCUCUCGCGAUAUAUCUGCAUACCAUGAUACAAAUCUUUCCAUAGUGCACACUUCAGAAGAUGUUCGACGUCGCUAUACUGGCAUAUCCGCGUCCAAUUCAGACACUGACAUCCAAUUGACUAUACAUUCAUCCAGCGAUCCCCACAAUGCUACAAAAGCAUGAUAAAUAUGACCGAAUUGCAUACCAUCUUUUUCGCCAAAAGAUUCUCGUAUAUAGCACAGCUCAUUCUCCAUAAGCACUUGUACCUUUUUCUCUCUAUCCUCUCACAUUAUAAACUGUAUUUAUCAUUGCACUGAAUCCAAAGUUUUACUUCCCGUUUCAUAGAUUUGAACAGCAGCACCUCCUAAUAUGCGAUGUCCGUGCGUCGCUGAGAACACCAACGUCAAACACCCAAAAAGCUGAUGAAGUUUCAGCAUAUCGCUCUGUCUUGGAGUAACACUUUAAUAUUUCAUAACUAAGCUGGACCACCGAACGCAGCUCAGAAACUGUCUAAGCUCUUCAUCUUGGACGUUAUUAGUACUGUUGCAACCAUCAGCUUUACGUCUACCGAUGCUGAUACCGAUUUUACUGCUAUAAGCAGCAUAUGCUCUAUUUGCAAAAUUU